UAGUGCACAGUCGUUCUUAAGGGUCGGUCGCCACUGCUGCAGCACAUGUACGUUCAGUGCAAAAUACACCCUCGUCGAUCUCAGUCCGCACCACUAUUACUUAAUAUUACUUGAUACCAAUUCGUAUAAUAUACAAUAAAUUACAAUCGUUUUUGAGGACGUCUUCCGCGUCUUAUUCGUUAACAUCACACGACAUAUACGAAUAUAUUAAAGUUUUUUCAAAUUUGUUUUAUUAUUAUACUCGGGAAGCAGGAUAUAUUAUAUACUCUACCGACAGUCGUCUACUCCCACGCAUAGAAGUGUUUUUGAUUUUUUUCAAUAUUUUUGGACCGCUUUAGUCCGGUUCAGACGAAAUGUGUUAUACUACGAUUUCCGGUACCGACGACGACGAUAAUAUGGAUGAGAUCUCUUCGACCUCUCUGCCAUCCAACAAUAAGAAAACUGGAAAACACAUUGAGCCUCGAAAGAUCCGAAAGCCGUUGAUGGAGAAAAAGCGACGAGCAAGAAUAAAUCAGAGCCUGGACGAACUGAAACGAAUCGUAGUGGACGCCGAGAAAUUUGCCGGUCAAGACCUCUCCCGAGUAAACAAACUGGAAAAAGCUGAUAUCCUGGAGAUGACGGUCAGAUACCUGAAGCGGAAGUCAACGGCUUCGGCGCCACCGCCUUCAUCACCAGGACCAGAAAUAUACGCGGCCGGAUACAGGCGGUGCAUAGGACAAGUCCAAGAGCUGUUGGCCGAACAGUGGACGGACGAGCUGCGGCAAAGUUCCGGUCAAAGGAUGAUCUUGCACCUGGAAUCGUGUGCGAAGAGGCUAGACCCGCCGGCGAAUCGUCUGUCGUCGUCGUCGUCUUCUUCCCCAGACGAACCGCCGAGUACCAAUGUCGCAGUCAUAAAAAAUAAUAACAUUUGCUCGUCGUCGUCUUACUGCUCGUCCGACGAAGACGACAGUACCGCGACGACGGAGGACCGUAGCGCGACGGAGUUUCGCCGAGACGCCAUACCAGUAAAGUUCAUGUGGAGGCCUUGGUAGUUAACUGUGGUUUACGCAUCGCUCUUGUUCUCGCGCCCCCGUUCGACAUACGUAUACAUCGUAAUGUAAUAAUAUUAUUGAUAAUAAUUGUAUGCCGUUUGUACCUGUUCUCCAAGACUUUAGUUCGUAAGACAUGUAAAUAUAUAUAUUGUGUAUUGUAUACUAUAAAUUAUAAUGUAUCGUGACGAAAAUUAUGAUUAUUUUUUUUAU